CAACGUCAUCGGUCACGUUCACUCAGCUGUUCCGUCGUAUCUCAGAGGCAGGAAACGAAUUCAUUUCAAACAUAUUUUAUUAACAAUAAUUUCAGGUCCAUUCUGUGGAUAUGAGCCUGCAGCCUGUCCGUUAAGCGUGAGGAAACACAUUUUUUGAGGCCAGCUCCACAAUGAGGCCCCUUAAAGAUGCCCAGCUGGGGGCCUUCACCUUCUUUGCUUCCGCUCUCCCACAUGAUGUCUGUGGGAGCAACGGCCUCCCUCUGACCCCAAACUCCAUCAAGAUCCUGGGACGGUUCCAGAUCCUCAAGACCAUCACUCACCCCAGACUCUGCCAGUAUGUGGACAUUUCAAGAGGGAAACAUGAACGACUGAUUGUUGUUGCGGAACACUAUGAGAAAAGUCUGAGUGAUUUCCAGAGACAAGGAAAGCCAGCCAGCUUGGAAAAAGUGCUGCAAAUAGCCUACGAGGUUCUUGAAGGUCUGGAGUUCAUGAAUAAACACGGUUUGGUGCACAGAGCCCUCAGCGCACACAAUGUGCUCAUGGACUGCAAGGGGAAUGUCAAACUGGCAAAGUUUGGCCUUUAUCACAUGACUGAUCACGGAGCAGAUGUGGAUUUCCCCAUUGGCUACCCAUCAUACCUUGCACCAGAAGUGAUCGCCCAGGGCUCCUUCCACCCCAGUGAUCCUUCGCGUGAUGAAGCUCCUCUGCCCUCGGGACCCAAGACUGACGUUUGGUCUCUCGGGGUUUUGCUCUUUGAAUUGUGUGCAGGCAGAAGACUCCUGCAGAAUAUUGAGAUAAGUGAGAGGUUGAAAUUCAUUUUAACCUUGGGUUGCAUGGAUGACAUUGUCACCGUUCUUGCUGAGGAGCACGGUUGCUUGGAUACCAUUAAGGAACUGCCUGAGAAUGUUCUUGAGUUGUUAAGAAAAUGUUUGAUCUUUCUUCCAUCUAAAAGGGCAACCCCUGCAGAGCUGCUUGGAGAUCCUGUAUUUAGUGGAAUCUCCUGUCACUAUACGCCCUUCCUAAAACCUGUGAGCCUGUUCUCCUCUUCCCUGCGCUGUGCACAUCUGGAGCUCCCAGAUGACAUCAGUGACCUUUGCAAAGAUGAUGAUGACGACUACUUGUCGGAGCGCGCCAUAGAUGAAGUGUACCAUCUGUGGUGCCUGGCAGGUGGAGACCUGGAGAAGGAGCUCACCAACAAAGAAAUCAUCCAGUCCAAACCCCCAAUCUGCACACUGCCCAAUUUUGUCUUGGAGGACGGGGAGUCAUUUGGGCAGGGCAGGGAUCGCAGUUUCUUGCUCGAUGACACAACAGUGACUCUGUCUCUGUGCCAACUCAGAAAUCGGCUGAAGGAUGUAGCAGGAGAAGCCUAUUACCCUCUACUGGAAGACGAACAGUCAAGCCUGCCCCAGUCCAACAGCAGCAAUGAGCUGUCGGCCACCGUCACGCUGCCACUCAUCAUCCGCGAGAGAGACACCGAAUACCAGCUCAUCCGCAUCAUCCUCUUUGACAGGCUGCUCAAGGCCUAUCCGUAUAAGAAGAACCUGGUGUGGAAAGAGGCUCGAGUGGAUAUUCCUCCUCUUGUUCGAGGACUGGCGUGGGCUGCACUACUAGGCAUUGAGGGUGACAUUCAAGCUAAAUAUGAGAGCAUAGACAAGGAUACUCCGAUACCAACUGACAGACAGAUUGAGGUAGACAUCCCACGCUGCCACCAGUACGAUGAGCUGCUCUCGUCUCCUCAGGGCCACAUCAAGUUCAGGCGUGUGUUGAAAGCCUGGGUGGUCUCUCACCCUGAUCUGGUCUACUGGCAGGGUUUGGACUCCCUUUGUGCCCCAUUCCUGUAUUUGAAUUUCAACAAUGAAGCGUUGGCAUAUGCCUGCAUGUCUGCCUUCAUCCCAAAGUACCUGUACAACUUUUUCCUGAAGGACAACUCUCACGUCAUCCAAGAGUACUUGACUGUCUUCUCCCAAAUGAUUGCCUUCCAUGACCCAGAGCUAAGCAACCAUCUAAAUGAGAUUGGCUUCAUCCCAGAUCUCUAUGCUAUUCCCUGGUUCCUGACAAUGUUUACUCAUGUUUUCCCGCUGCACAAGAUAUUCCACCUGUGGGAUACACUGCUGCUGGGUAACUCCUCGUUCCCCUUCUGUAUCGGCGUAGCCAUAUUGCAGCAGCUCAGGGACCGUCUCCUGGCUAAUGGCUUCAAUGAAUGCAUCUUGCUCUUCUCUGAUCUGCCAGAAAUUGACAUUGAGCGCUGUGUCCGUGAAUCCAUCACCCUGUUCUGCUGGACUCCAAAGAGCGCUACGUACCGACAGCACGCUCAGCCUUCAAAGGUCGCUGGUGACAAUGGCUUUGGGAAAACGACAACAUACUACUCAUCCGACUACCAGGACAUGCCCAAGACAGACCUGUCUCGGGAGCCUCUGGCGCUGUGUGACCUGAAAGCAGAAGUAUCUCCCAGGAUCUCGGCUGAGGACUUAAUCGACCUCUGUGAACUGUCACUGGGUGGGCCCACCAAGAGGAGCAGAGCUGGCAAGCCCAAAAUUGUUGCUGUGGAUAUUCGCAGUGUAGAAGACUUCGGCAGAGGCCAUAUUUCUGGCAGUAUCAACAUUCCCUUCAACACAGCGUUCAGCUCUGAUGGUGAGCUGCUGCAGUGUCCUGCAACAGGUGUCCUCCAGAACUACAGAGGACGCGUCAUCGUGGUCAUCGGCCACGCUAUGAAGAGUGCUGCUAUGUUUGCUGCACAUCUAGUCAAGGUGAAUUUUCCACGGGUUUGUAUCCUGGAUGGAGGAAUCAACAAGCUGAAGCCCACUGGACUCCUGACCGUCCCCUCCCCUCAGAUCUAAACCUGUUUCUCAGCUUCACUGGAGCAUAAGGGACAAGUGAAAAGACUGUUGAAGCGAAGAAGAGUUAAAGGGAAAAAAAGUCAUCAUUGUAUUUGGAAUUAUUCUAAUCAAACUGAAAAAAUCCUCCUGUCAAUGCUCUGAUUUCAUUAUCAUGCAAAUUAGUUUUAUUAUUUUUUAUGUCAAAUGUUUCUUUUUUUUUUUACUAAAACAACUGCUAUGUUCUGUGGAAGCUUUGAAAUAAAAGCACAAAUGUAAUAAAUGUGUGAUAGACAAUAAAAAUAUCAGUGAUUUGUGCA